GGUGCCUGUAUGGCUGAGUACCUGCCCUUCAAGGAUCUCUAUCAGCAUCUCUCCAAGUACGUCAAAAAUGAGGAGCAGUUGUGGAAGCAUUGCAUGCGAGUGAAGCGUUGUCUGCCGUGCCAAAAUGAGUGCGGAGGAUACGGGAAGGACCAGCGGUACUUUGAAGGUAAUGCACUCUAUCUUCAGUUCUGUUUGUUUGGCAAGAAUACUGAGAGUGGCUGA